UCACGUCGUGGGUUUGGCCCUUUGUUUACGCUCAUGACUAUGUAGUUAACUUCACGUCAUGGUAUGACCAACAGCAACAUCUACUUGUAAUAAUAUAAUUAGUAUUGAGAUGAUUCAAACAUUUUCUUGAAAUAUAAAACAAGAAUAGUAGACCUCACGCCAAAGUCUUCCCCAUCCCCCUCUCUCCCCACCCUUAAUUCUUCAUUGUUAAACACCACAUCUACACCGGUGUAAGCCACCUUCUUCUCCUCCGAGAGACAUGGCUGCGGCGACGGAGACGGCGACGGCAGCCUCUUGUGUGUUUGCAGUAACACUAGUUUUACUACUAUCAACAGCAGUCGAAUCAAGAUUCGUGGUGGAGAAGAGCAGCAUCAGCGUGGUGUCGCCUUUCGACAAGCGGUCGAAGCACGAUGCUGCCAUCGCAAACUUCGGCGUGCCCGACUACGGCGGCUCGUUGACCGGCACUCUGGUCUACCCCGACAAGGGCCAGGUCGGCUGCUCCGCCUUCGACGGAGAUAGGCCCUUCAAGCCGAAGUCGUCUCGCCCCACCAUUCUCCUCCUCGACCGUGGAGAGUGCUUCUUCGCGCUGAAGGUAUGGAACGGGCAGCAGGCAGGGGCGUCGGCGGUUCUAGUAGCGGACAUCAUAGACGAACCUCUCAUCACCAUGGACUCGCCCCAAGACAGCAGCCCCGAAGCUGCCGGAUACGUGGAGAAGAUCGGCAUCCCGUCAGCUCUCAUCGGUCGUCCUUUGGGCGACACACUCAAGGAGGCCCUCAAGAAAGGCGAGGACGUCGUGGUCAAGAUAGACUGGUCGGAAUCGAUGCCUCACCCCGAUGAGAGGGUGGAGUAUGAGCUCUGGACCAACAGCAACGACGAGUGCGGCAGCCGCUGCGACGAGCAGAUGAACUUCAUCAAGAACUUCAAGGGCCACGCCCAGAUCCUCGAGAAAGGAGGGUACACGCAGUUCACGCCACACUACAUCACAUGGUAUUGCCCGCGAGACUUCGUGCAGACGGAGCAGUGCAAGUCGCAGUGCAUCAACCGCGGAAGGUACUGCGCCCCCGACCCUGAGCUGGACUUCAGCUCGGGGUAUUCAGGGAAGGACGUCGUCUUGGAGAAUUUGAGGCAGCUCUGCGUGCACAGAGUCGCUAACCAGACUAACCGAUCCUGGAUUUGGUGGGAUUAUGUUUCUGAUUUCCAUAUUAGGUGCUCCAUGAAGCACAACAGGUACAGCAAAGAUUGUGCAGAGGAAGUCAUGAAAUCACUUGGUAAGUUUAGGAAAAUUCCUUUCCAUUUAUGUCCCGAUCAACAUAAUCCGAGGACAUCAGUUUCCGGGAUUGAUCUUGGUGUAGGUAUAUCGGUUGAGAAGAUAAACAAGUGCAUGGGUGAUCCAGAAGCUGAUACUGAGAACGAAGUCCUGAAAAUCGAGCAAGAACUUCAGGUUGGUCAUGGAUCACGUGGUGAUGUUACCAUCUUACCAACUAUGGUGAUGAAUAAUGUUCAAUACAGAGGGAAGUUGGAGAGGAACGCCGUGCUGAAAGCCGUAUGUGCAGGGUUUAAGGAGACGACAGAGCCUCCGAUUUGCCUGAGCGGAGAUGUAGAGACAAACCAGUGCCUUGAGAAUAACGGAGGGUGUUGGCGCGACAAUGAAUCUAAUGUAACAGCCUGCAAGGACACAUUCAGGGGAAGAGUUUGCGAGUGCCCUUUAGUAAACGGCAUCCAGUUUCAAGGAGACGGAUACGAAGCAUGUCACGCUGUUGGGCCGGGGAGGUGCUCAGUCAACAACGGAGGCUGCUGGUCGGAACACAAGAAUGGAGUCAAGUUCUCAGCGUGCAAGGACAAUGAUCUGUCGGGCUGCCAUUGUCCGGCUGGCUUCUCCGGAGAUGGUAAAACGUGUCAAGACGUGGACGAGUGCAAAUUAGGGACUGCCUGUCAGUGUGAUGGAUGUAGCUGUAAGAAUACAUGGGGUGGAUUUGAGUGCAGUUGCAGAGGAGACCAAAUCUACAUAAACGAGCAUGAUACCUGCAUUGAAAGGAAAAGCUCCAAACUGAGUGGGAUUCUUACCGUUGUGGUGCUUGCCGUAGUGAUGAGCGUUGGAAUAGCUGGUUACAUAUUCUACAAAUACAGGCUAAGGUCUUACAUGGACUCAGAGAUAAUGGCUAUCAUGUCACAAUACAUGCCUCUCGAUAGCCAGCAGAAUCAGCAGGUUGUCCAUCACGACAACGAACCAUUGGCGCAUUCUUCCUCCGUUUAAGAUGGUGAGUUGAGUUGCACGCCGCAGAUCAUGUCCCUGUCCUGUCCCAGAGCCAGAGUUUUUCACUAUGCUGUUCUUAGUCAUAAACACACAAAAGAGUAUUGGUUCUGUACAUAACGUUUUAGAGACGGUGUAAACCACACACACACAGCCUUCAAAAGUAUACGAGUUGACAUUCCGGCUACCUUGUGAUGUAUAUUAAGGGAAAGGUUUUGGUUUCUGUA